AUGGCAUCGGCAACGACAAUCAAUACCCCAAGGAUCAACCUCAAUCUCAGCUCCAACGACGCUGCCGUUCUACAAGCUCUUUUCGACAAUGGCGAGGGAUCAUUUUCGUCUUCUGCACAUGAUGUGAACCCAUAUCCAAACUCUUCGUCAACAGUCGCUGCUCAUUCCGGUCAAAAUGCUAGAAUCGAUGCGUCACUGCCAUCGUUUCCCCAGUGUUCUAUUAGGGAGGAGACGGCGCUUCAGUCUCUCAAGGACCGUGAACUAGCCAUCGUUCGCCAGAUUCAAUCACAUGCACAUACACGCACUUCAAGCAAUCCACAUUGCGAUGAAGAAGCAGUUUCCCAUGUUUUGAGGCAAGCUAUUGAUGAUCUCUCGUCUUUGAUCACGGAGCGCCCGGACUAUCCCCCUCUAUACGCCAACAGAGCGCAAGCACUGCGAAUACUCAUGCAAUCAUCGUCGACAUUGUCAAGUAGCACUAAAAACUCGGACAAAGAUAUCGCCAUAUUCUAUCCCGAAAACAUCAACAUGGCAACCCAGCUCCUCUCAGACCUUAGUAAAGCUAUAGCACUGGCUAGCCCCCCAUCCACUGGCGACAACACAAGCAAUACUAGCGUCUCACCCGCUCAAGCCCGCUUGCUUUCCAAUACGUACACGCAUAGGGGGUACAUUCUACUCAAAGCUGGGAAGAUUCGCAAAGAGGAGGAAGAAGGUGAAGGAAAUGAAGAAAAGAAACCUAGAGGAGGACCAGAGCAACUUCUCCGCAUAACUAGCAGAGACGAACUCGAGGAAAUGGCCAGUCAAGAUUUCUUUCAGGCAGGCCGAUAUGGGAAUGAGGUAGGGAAGCAGUUGAGUGUGCAAACAAAUCCGUAUGCGAAGAUGUGCGGAGCCAUUGUGAAAGAGGCAUUGAAGAAGGAAAUUGAGGAGUUUCAAUCAUGA